ACGUUAAGCGCCAGUAGCCCAUCCUCAAGACACGCUCUCGACGCCAUGGCCAAGUCCAAGAACCAUACCAACCACAACCAGAGCCGCAAGGCGCACCGCAAUGGCAUCAAGACGCCCACGAGCCACAGGACAAGGUCGAUGAAGGGUGUACGUACCGAAUCGUUGCACGUAGACUAUGGAGCUGAUACUCAUCAUUCUGCAGGUUGAUGCCAAGGUACGUUGAAUAUACUUUUGUAGUCCAGGAUUUGCGCCGACGCACGAUUAACUCGUGUCACCAGUUCCGCCGCAAUGCGAAGUAUGCGUUGGUCGGUUCAGUGCGUCACAAUCUACUCUCUUCUCCAGCUGGCAUCCUGACGUUAUGUUGACCCGCAGCGAAAAGCGCGUUUGGAGGCAGAGGCAUGACCUUCCCACCGAUCAUCGGUUCCCUCCAUUCGAAUCGCCGUCGAGAGCGCCAUACGUUGAGAGAGGGGAUCCACCCACUCUUGGGCACGGCGCGUCACCAUGUAUCCUAUCACUUCCGCUAUCGUCGCAGCCCCAUGUGUAUGCACUGCAGUAUGCUUAGGCACCUCCACGCACGCAGAAAACAAAAGCCGAAAAA